GAUGCAGAAGCUGGUAUUAGCGGUGUAGUUGGGUAGCUGUCAAUUAUACCGUUUUACGAGAGGCUACCGGGAAGAACAAACAUCAGAAACAACUGCUCUGUGAUUGACCAUUUCUGCUAGCAAAAAACUGUGGAAAUCCAGAGAAACAUGGACUUCUUGAAGUCACUGAGUCACCCAGAGGAAAUCUACAACCUUUUUAAAUUUAAAAUGGGAGGCUGCAGGACUGUAAUGUCAAGACUUAACUAUCGUACAUUUCUGAAUACUCAUGGGCAGAAAUCUAGCAGCCAGAGAUCGCGACUGAGUACAGGCAUAUUCCAAGACCGAGGGACUGUAAAAGAAGGACGAUAUUCGAUUAUAAACAAGUCUGCCUGUGCAUACGCCACUGGUUUUCCUAGUCCUCAAUCUGUUUGUUUUCCUUCCCAGGAGUCUAUGAGCCCAAGUUUAAGGAUUUGCUAUCAGUACCUGAACCAGACUAGCCGGAGCUUUGCUGCUGUCAUACAGGGACUGGAUGACGAACUGAGGCAUGCGGUAUGCAUCUUCUAUCUGGUUCUUCGAGCACUGGAUACUGUCGAGGAUGACAUGACAAUACCACUGCCAGAGAAAAUCUCAAUGUUGCACAACUUCCAUAGUUACCUUUAUGAUGCCAAGUGGAAGUACACAGAGAGCAGAGAGAAAGAUCGAAGAGUGCUGGAAGAUUUUCCCACAAUUACAUUGGAAUUCCGUAAACUUGCACAGGUUUACCGUGAUGUGAUAAAAGACAUUUGUCAACAGAUGGGAAGAGGAAUGGCCGAGUUUCUAGAAAAGAAAGUCGGAACUUUGGCAGAAUGGGAUAGGUACUGUCAUUACGUGGCAGGACUUGUUGGAAUUGGUCUUUCUCGGCUCUUUUCUGCCUCAGAGUUGGAGGAUCCCAUUUUGGGGCAAGAUACUAGUCUCCCAAAUUCAAUGGGUCUUUUCCUGCAGAAAACAAACAUCAUUCGGGAUUAUUUGGAAGACCAACAAGAUGGCAGAGAAUUUUGGCCAAAAGAGGUAUGGGAAAAGUAUGCCCAGAAACUUUCAGACUUUGCUGUGCCAGAAAAUCUAGAUUCUGCUGUAAAAUGUCUGAAUGAACUGGUUACAAAUGCCCUUCAACAUGUCCCAGAUGUUUUGACAUACUUAUCCAGGCUAAAGAACCAGAGUGUCUUCAAUUUUUGUGCAAUUCCACAGGUUAUGGGUAUGGCAACUCUUGCAGCGUGUUACAAUAAUCCUCAUGUCUUCUCUGAUGUUGUCAAGAUCCGCAAGGGUCAAGCUGUGACUCUCAUGAUGGGUGCCACAAACAUGGAAGCUGUAAAAAAUAUUAUGCAUCAGUACUGUAAGGAGAUUCAACUGAGGAUUCCCAUGUCAGAUCCAUCUACUACCCACAUACAGGAGAUUACAGGAAACAUCAGCAGACUGACUUUGACCAACAGCCCCUUUGUGUCGCGGGCAUAUCUCUCCCCCGUCUACCUUUCUUGUGCCAUGCUACUUGUGGCCCUGAGUUGGCAAUACUUAAGUACCCUCUCCCAGCCUUCAGAUGAGUACAUCAAAGGUCUCUGAAACCAGUUAUUGUUAAAGCUUUUCAGAAAGGACAGCUAUGGAUCCAGAAUGCAAGCUGGAUGGCAGUGUUCACCACGUAUUUCAGGAGACUGGUUUGUAUGUGAUUCUCAUUUCUACAACUAGUUCCUGCAGUAUGAUCAGUCCUAAAGACAAAUCAUACUGCCUGUUUAUUAGUUGUUAACAAAGAAUGCUCUGAGUUCCUGUUCAUAAGAAUCUGCUUUGGACAGCUUCAGCCCAUCUCAAGAUCUGUGAGGGCCGGUUUUGAAAAUUCACACAGUCUGGGGUCCUUGGUAGAGACAAUGCUGCUGUCAGUUUGUGUACCUGACUUCAAGUAUCCACUUCAUUUAGUGUUGGCUUCCAUUUAGCCUGUGUUAAAUUGCCACUGCAAGCAGUCGUGGCACCCUUUCAUCCUAAAGUGUUGGGGUUCUGUUCUUAAUUUUCCCACUGAAAUAUGUCUGCUCACACAGCCACUGACCAGUUCUAUAUGUUGUAGCAGUGUCUGUAAACACAACACUUACCAUUUUCUGAACAGUCAUUUUGCUUUUGAAGUGCUCUGAAUCCAAAGAAGCAUUAUAUUGUGAAUUAAUCAUAAAUUGCAAAUUACAUUUUGGCACAGAUGACAUAUACUACAUUUCAAAGACUGAAAUGGAAUCGGAUUGCUACCAUAGGGUUUAUGAAAUGGAAUCAGAUUGCUACCAUAGGGUUUAUGAUGGGAUUUAAUCCUGAGUGAAAUAAUGAUGUUCACUGCAACUUUUUACUUUUGGGCCCUGCCAACUCGGUUAUGAUACACUGGAUAUUCUUUGUUUAGAAAUCUGUAAGAUCUUUCUUGUUUCCAGAUAAACUUAACUGCUAAAUAUUCCUAAUACAUUCUUUGCAUUUAAUUGUAUUACAGCUGAUGUGGUUUUGUUUACUUAAAGAUAUCCAGUAAAAGAUCACUGCUUUCAGCUAAAUUUUAUUUUAGCAGUAACGCAGCAUUAUUAAGGCUCAGGGGGGAGGGGCUAGACUGUAAAGCAUUGACUUAAGUGAUCUUGUUUUGCGCUUUAUUUUCUGUAAUUUGUUGCAGAGAUUUCAUCUGCAGUUGUGAGACUUUUUUUGUCCAUUUUAGCAAGUCCUGCUCAAUGAUGUAUUUUUAGAUAAUUAUAAUUAAAGUCUUUGAAAUAAA